AAUCAUGGUGAUAAAACUCCGGUGUUGACUCGCUCAAGUGACGUUCCAAAUUUGGGAGAAGUCGUAGAAGCUGCCCAUAAGCGAUCAAGUUUCUUUCCUGACUGGAUGCCGUAAUAACUCCUCCUCUAUCUUCUCAUCGCGCGAAUCCUCAUCCAUCUCCUUCAUCUCUUCGAUCGAGGCCACUCUGUCUUCAUCCUUGAGCGCGACCAUGUGCGCUUGCGCAUUCAUGAUGACGGUUGCAGGACUAUCGGAAAUGUGAACAAGCCUAUGAUGACCACGACCCAAUGCAUUAGUGGUUUGUUCUCUGAUGACUAUCCGUGAGUAACCGUUCACCAUGUGCAGGGAUGGCAUGAUAUUAUGCACUCUGUAUAACAUGUGUCCUUAGGUUUUCAUUUUCCUCCUGCAGUUCUGCUAGUUCUUCUUCUAAAGCGUCGAUGCGGGUACGGCCAUUGUCACGUUGAGUAUAAGGAGGGCCGACGAAGGGUAUUUCAGUGCUGUGAGUGCGCCGGGAUGGCAUAGGCGUAGUGCGGUGAGAUGACAUGGGGGACAUAUUCUACAGCACAGGAUGAAGACAGCCACUCUAUAUAUGCCUUGAUCUCGCUGCAGUUUGGUUGCCACGCACGACAGGGUAAAAGUAGGCUGUUGGUAUCCCGACACUCGCGAUAUGUUCUGAAGCGGCCUACAUCCGUCCUAGCCUCUCGCUUCCAUCUCGAUUUCAAACUCUGACUACCAACCGACUCAACCAGCCCCCUAGCCCCGCCCCACCCCCCCCCCCCCCCCGCCCCCCCCCUUCCCUCCUCGCAAAGGGUAUACACCGUUGCUGCAGGGGCAUGGCCUGUCUCAAGAUAACAUUUCUCGUCUAUCUUAUUCUGUCACUGAGAGUCCUUAUGGCGCCAAUUCUCUGCUCACAAGGGUGUCCAAGACAAUUCGGAAAUUCAGCCUCUGUUGAGAAACACCGAAAGACAUGUUCCAAGUAUGCGGCAUCUCUGGCUCAAUCAUCACGCGCCCUCAGCUCCACUUCUGGCAAACAGAUGGUAUCAAGUUUGAAUAUCAUACGGAGCGUGAGGCUACGGGCUUGUGGGCGGAAGGUAGAACGGGUAGCUUCUCAUGUGGUGUCAGAGCCGAUGCAUGUAGAUACACCCAUGACUGCAGACUUCAUUUCUGCAGAGCAAUCACUGCAUACUGAAUCCACCCCAUGUACAAACUCGCUUCAGCAAAUGCAGCCCUUACGCCAAUCGAGACGUCCUCUAAGGCACAAUGAACCUCUGCCAGAACCGCCAGCUGGUCUGAACACUCUUCGCCGAGUUGUACUUGUCGUUAGGGACACAUUCGAUACAGCGCGGAAUGUGUUUGGUAUUUGGCGAAGAUUCCUUCACCGUCCAUCCCAUGAUCCAGAUGCCGCCAUCUCCCUCGAUGACUUAGCCCAGUAUCCAUCUGCGAGCUUCAAUGAAGAAAGUGCCCAUAUGAUCUCUAGCAUGCCCAACAGACCUGAAACCUGGCCAUACCUCAACUCAUCUAUUGCUCUGUUAAUGAAUUGGGUCAACAACGGGAGUACAAACAAGUCCGAAGCUCAAGUCGAUGAACUGGUUCAUGACGUUCUCCUACAUCCUGAUUUUCGGCCCUCAGAUCUCGGCAGAGGUUUUAGCACCAACCGCCAGAAUGCCAGACUCUCUGACGUGUUGGCACAAAUGGAUGAUAGGGAGGAUGGGCAGAAUACCUCGCCAAGUUCUGUACUCCCUGACUUUCAUUUCAAGGAGACGGAAAUCAACAUCGAGGUUCCAUCAUGCGACAGGGAUGUGCCUCCCCGUCAAUUUUCUAUACCCGGAUUGCAGUAUCGAAAUCUUGUCGACGUUGUUCGAACGGCAUUUACAGACAAGCUAUCACCAUACCUUCACUACUCUCCCUUCAAACUGUUUCAACGGCUACCAAACUCAGACAAUGAUCGACGCGUCUUUAGUGAGCUCUACAACUCUGACGCAUUUCUCGAGGAGGAUGAUUGGGUUAAGAGGAAAGCACCGCUUCCUCCUGAUGAUCAGGGUUGCCGGCGUGAAAAGGUUGUCGCCGCGCUGAUGUUCUGGUCUGAUGCCACACAUUUGGCUGACUUCGGAACCGCAAAGCUUUGGCCAAUUUACUUAAUGUUCGGGAAUCUAUCGAAAUAUAUUAGGUCGCAGCCAGAGUCUGGUGCUUGUCAUCAUCUGGCUUACAUACCUUCAUUACCUGAUUGGAUUCAAGAUGAAAUCGCAGCAUGGCAUCCCAAAUGGCAUACACAGAAGAAGGAUAUCCUCACGCACUGUCGACGAGAACUUAUGCAGGCCGUUUGGCGUUUUCUGUUGGAUGAUGAAUUUCUACAUGCUUACAAGUAUGGCAUCGUUAUUUGUUGCUCAGAUGGAGUCGAGCGAUGUGUCUAUCCUCGAUUCUUUACGUACUCAGCGGAUUACCCAGAAAAAAUUCUCCUUGCUACAAUUCGUGACCAGGGUCUCUGUCCGUGCCCCCGUUGCUUAACCUCGAAGUCUUCAUUGGGCUUGUUUGGUCAAUCUCGCGAUCUCGCCUUUCGACUUGGAACUGGUAUUUGCAAAUACAUGUUCAAUAAAGUUACCGCUGCACGGGAGCUUAUUUAUCGGAAGGGUUAUGCCAUUGCAUCAAGCCGAGUUGAAGAUCUGUUGAAGCCGACAUCAUCGACGCCAACAGCAAAUGCAUUUGUUGAGAGACUUGGUGAUGAUACUAUACUUCAUCGCAUGCUGGUCGUUGACUUCAUGCAUGAGUUUGAACUGGGUACCUGGAAGGCCCUGUUCACACAUCUCAUUCGACUGCUUUAUGCUCAGCCAAAUGGUGAUGAACGAGUUGCAGAGCUUGACCGGAGGUAUAGGGAGAUACCACGCUUUGGACGUGACACAAUCAGGCGCUUUGCAAACAAGGCAUCGGAGAUGAAGAAACUUGGUGCUCGCGACUUUGAGGAUCUCUUGCAGUGUGCUAUCCCUGCCUUUGAAGGGCUAUUUCCAGAUGAAAGUGAUGAUAAGGCCGUCUCAAAGCUUCUCUUCAAAAUGGCUGAGUGGCAUGGCUUCGCGAAGCUUCGCAUGCACACCGAGGAGACAAUUGCCCACCUGGAGGAACUUACGAGAAGCCUUGCAAAGCUCGUUCGUCACUUUCACGAUGUUACUUGUCCAAAGUUUCAUACGCGUGAGCUCCCUCGAGAGGCAAUGGCACGCCAGAGAAGGAAAGCUCAGUCUUCAAAUUCAGGUGCUCCUGCAGCCUCUACCGCCUCACGCAAGUACAAGGCUCUGAAUCUCAACACGUACAAAUGGCAUGCAAUGCCUGACUAUCCUGCGCACAUACGGAGGUUUGGCACCACUGAUAAUUACUCGACACAAAUUGUGAGUGACUUCAAUCUCUUUGCAUCAAGUUACUUUACUUAUAUUGCUACCCAGGGCGAACAUGCUCAUUGCGUCGUCAAACGUAUAUAUCGUCUAGGUCCGAAAUGCAACCAUGAGAAUCAAAUCGGAAAGCGUUACAUGCGCAUCCGUUACUCACACUGGAAGGCACAUCGCAAACAAACAUUCAAGCGUUCUCAUGAUCCGUCUAUAUUUGUGCCGCCAGAGCUCCAUCAUUAUAUUAGUCCUUCACUGAAUAAUCCGAUCGACCUCUCCAAGUUCAUGCACAAUAAUCGCACAGAUCCAGCAGUUACAAACUUUAUACCGAAACUCAAAGACCACUUACUUGGCUGUCUCUUAGGCCAGGAGUUUGACGGGGACAAUCAUGGCAAUUUCAGUGACGCUGACCGGAAUUGUGUUCGGAUUGCCAACAAUCAGAUCUAUUCAGUCAACACCGUUUGCUUCAAUUACACCACCUACGACGUCCGACGAGAUCAAGAUUCUGUCAACCCGAUGCGUCAAUGCAAUGUAAUGAUCAAAUCUAUGGAGACACGCUCACUGGCAGGUGCACACUCAUUCUGGUAUGCCAGAGUUCUUGGUGUGUAUCAUGCGACAGUUUCUGUAAUACCAACGAGCGAAAAUUGCGGUCAUAUACCCUCCAUAUAUGGAAGACAUAUGGAGUUCCUCUGGGUGCGAUGGUAUGGAGCGGAGCGCGGUUACCGUUCUGGGUUCAAGUUUUCACGUCUGCCCAAGAUUGGAUUUGUACCAGACGACGACCCCUUUGCCUUUGGGUUUCUGGAUCCGUCUUAUGUCCUACGCGGAUGCCAUCUCAUGCCGGCAUUCAAUGAAGGAAAAACUACUCAGUUGCUUCACUCGAAUGGUGACAGUAUUGCGAGGAAAGCAGGUGUAUCGGAGGACUGGUUGAACUUCUAUGUCGGAAUCUUUGUCGACCGUGAUAUGCUCUUGAGACAUUAUGGAGCUGGUGUCGGACAUCUGGCGCAGACUCAGACUCUAAGCCCCACCGAGGCAGGUGAUUCAGCCAUGUCAGAUGUGGAAGAGGUUGAAGGAAGGGAAUAUAUUCAGGAGGAGUCAGACGUCGAAUCAUCGUGGUCCGAUGAUGAUUCGCUGCUCAUAGACUCCGAUUCAGGUGAAGAUGACUCGGAAUGUAGUACGGGUGAACAAGAGGAGGACAAGGGGUCAGAUGAAGAAGAGGGCAGUAACGACGGCUUUGCUAGUCUCUAAUGUAUUGUAGUAGUAAUGCACCUUGCUCGUUUACCUUUUACUAUGCUUGUUGAAAUAGCCACCCGGGUGAGUUCUUGGCAUAUUUGGAAAUGAUGACGUGGUUUGUCAGUAUGAAGCGUACAGCAAAUAACAUGUACAGGACACUAGAUUACGCAUGUAGUAUAAUAGUGUAGAGAUUGCGCCAAUAGACCCUAUCAGACAUU